GGGUAUGCUACCGAUACAUUAUAACAAUAUGGCGCCAAUUUCGUCGUGACUCAUGACGUCGACUAUGAAACAAAAUGGCGUGUAACUUUUGACGUCGAGUUAUUGCAUUAACGUCCAAAGAUACAUUUAAUAACCAAUCGUUUAUUCGGUUUGAACAUGUACGACAGGAGAAAAUCACGUUUUGCUGGUUCCGUUGGUUUUAAUCAGACUACGGGCGGCGGUGGAGAUGUUCCAAAAAAUCCGCAGUUCCAUCAAAUACAACAGCGUCGUUUAAGUCGAGCCCCUCCCGGAUUCGGGCGUGGAAACCUUGCCAAUUUACUCAAGGCUAGGGACCAGAUCCUAACACCUGAGCAAGAAGAGACUCUCGAUGACGAAGAGCUUUUUAGUAGAUUGCAGAAAAUAUUUGACGCCAAACAAGAAGAGGCACAAACUGGUCUCACUAUUGACGAGUUUAAAGACGCUAUGCGCAAAACUGUCGGCCGUCACAGCACACAAGAUGAAAUCGAAUUGUUGUUUAUGAAAGUAGAUGCUAACUGUGAUCGCGUUGUCGACUGGGAUGAAUAUGUUACAUAUAACUUAAUUGAGUAUAAAGAAAAGACGUUCAUGAUUGAGAUGUUACGAGAAAAACCGUUCCCAAACGAGAUCCGCGAUAUUGAAAGCCGACACAGAGACCUUAUCGUUAAAAUUCUCUUUUACCCGACAUUGAGAAAAUCUGGAUCUGUUUCCGGCAGCAUAGAUCCUAAGGCCGGAAAGUAUAUGACUCUUAGCAAAGAAGGCGUGCUGGGUGUUUGGAGCAUGGGAAUGAGAAACUUAAAAUACUACAACGCCAACCAUUACCAAAAGAGGAACACCCAGCCAUGGUUCACCGACAUGGUCGCGAUGUACAACGUAAACAUGCUGGCGCUGACGUCCACCGAGCGGGACAUAACGAUGUUUGACAUGAGCGGGAAGAAGUUCUCCAUGCGAUACUUCCUGACCGGGUUCGAUAGCUGCAUCACGGCCAUGGACUAUUGGGUUGACCAUCGGGACCUCAACAACGCCGUCUUGAUGCUUGGGGACCAGUCAGGUAGCGUGUACUGUUUAAAGUUCAACGCCUCACUACGCGGGGGUCUGUUCGGUCCAGUCAGCGGCAAAAAGAACACGUGCAAGCGCGUCAGCUUCCCGGAAGUAAUACGGGGUUUCUCACUUGGCGUCAAGGUGCAGAAAUUUGCGGACAUUCACAACGACUGGGUGAACAAAGUACUCUACCUCCCGAUGGUCAACGGCUUCUUGUCGUCAUGUCAGGACGCACAGACGGCGCUCUACUUCGGCGAUUUGGUCGGGAAAAAGACGCCCGUGUAUUUCAAGGUCAAUAAAGGCGUGCUCAGUUUUGACUAUUCGCAGGCGCUGAAUAUCAUAGUAACGGGGGGUAUGGACUACUUCCUGCGCGUCUGGAACCCCUACGUAAACAACAAGGCGAUCGUGUUGCUCAAGGGACACACGAAGCCGGUAAACCACGUGAUUAUUAAUGACAGCAAGAAUCAGGUAAUCAGUAUCGACAAGGGCCGCUCCAUGCGCGUAUAUGACCUUCGUGACCAGACCUGCCUUCAGCAAAUCAGCGGCCGCAUGAUCAAUUUCGAUCCUUUCCCAAUCUCCGCCGUUUACUUUAACCCUGCGAUGCGGACGACGCUCCUGGCGGCGAAUACAAUCGCCAUGCUAGAGAAACGCGAGGAGGAAGACAACUGCACAGAGACGGUGUCCCACAUCAAGCCGGUGGUGGCCGCCCUAUACAGCAGCGUGUUCGAUUCUACCAUCACAGCAUGCCAGGAGUCUGUGGUCAGUAUAUGGGACACUAACACCGGCAUCAAGCAGAUGCAAUUUGUGAACGCUCACUACACCGUGGAACGCGGCGUGGAGAUCCCGGUUGAAAUCACCGCGCUAUGUUUCGACUACAAUGGCAGACGGCUGGUCACCGGGGCGCGCAACGGCACUGUGCAUGUUUGGAAUUUUAACAACGGCUCAUUGUUGCAGGCGUUCGCGCUUCCCGACGCGUCCUCAGUUACCGGGAUCGUCUCAACUGCUCACAAUUUUUACGUUUCUGGUUGGGGGAAACAGGUAUACGUCUACAUAGACGGAGGCGGGGAGGAAGAUCGCAAGGAAUGGAAGAUGCGACACAAGGAGGACAUUCUAUGUAUAACCCACCUCUCACCAAACAUCAUCGCCACCGGUGGCUACGACGGCGACGUCUUCAUAUGGUCACGUGAUACAGGGCAGGUGUACUGUCGCCUCAACGCCAACGAGAGUGUCAAACCCGUUAGCGAGCAAAUCAAGCGCCAUACAACCGUACCAGCGAUCGCGGAGAGCGAAGACGACGACGUGGCGAACCUUCCGAGCGAAAAUACGGACAAAGAUGAUGACGGUGAUAUAUCGAUGAGGCUUAAGAGAAAAGCGAAAAUAACAGGAGUGGUUGCAUUGCUUGGUAUGGCUAGGCGCUUUAAGGCUCCCACCGAGGCAACACCAUCGUCUGACGAUGAAGAGACGUGCGAGCAUCCGCUGCUGAACGCGCUAGACUCGGAACAUUACAGCGCCAAGGCGCCAAACUUGUGCACGAGGAAAGAGUACGAUCUACUCUGCAAACACUACGAGUCGGCGGUAGAAAAAAUAAUAUUUCUGGAGACGCGGGAACCACUACACAAGGAUACGGCUAUUAUCGUCACUGGCGGCGCUGAAGGCUGGAUCCGGUUCUGGUCCAUGCACCAUGAUGGCGGCCUUCUGGGACAGUUCAACGCGGCGCACCGCCUUGGCGAAAGCAUCUUGACGAUCAAGUGCGACGCCAAGGAACAUUAUCUGUUCACGGGCGAUACUCAAGGUUACGUGAAGAUAUGGGACAUCAAAGACUACAGCAUAUCGAAGAAAAUGUCUAACCGAGAAAAGAAGGCAAGAAUAGAAUUAUUGAAACGUAAAUUCACAUUUUUUCGCGUAGAGAACUACGAUGCGAAGAUUCAGGCGUACACAGUUCCAGAACAUCUGAAAAAUGUGUUCGCGGGACGGCCGCCGCCGUCUGCAAGCGAUCCCGAAAAGACGCUCCGGUAUCCGCCUCUCCUGAACUCCUUUCAGGCGCACACUCGAAGCAUUCACAGCGUGGAUUAUGUGAGCGAUCGCGAAAUCCUGAUUACAGCAAGCGCCGACUGCUCCGUCCGGGUAUGGACCAUUAACGGGCAGUACAUUGGCACGUUUGGGGGAGGCAACUGGCACCCGCUUCCUAAAGUAGUCAACGACAGCUACUUCUUGUCUCAGGUUCCCAUCGACAUUCGGCGUUCAGGGUCGGCACGGACGCUCAAGGUCAUUCACGGCGGCAAGACGCCCAUGUGGGAAGGUGCUCUCGACAUCCUGAAGCAGCGCGGCAUGCAGCGUUUACAGCAACAGUUCGAUCACCUGCAGCCGAGUAAGGAGCGGAAGACGCCGGACGUGGCCGUUCGGGCUUCCAGCAGCUUCGAGACUAGCAACAUCCUCGGAAAGUCGUACAAGCGCACCACUAGGCACCGCAUGGCACCAAAAAUACCCCGGUUUAUUGAAACACCCGGGUCGGUUGCGGUCUACCACACCCUUCCGUUUGUCGACCUGACUCCAAUCGAUGUCAACAAUUCCGACCUACGGGAGCUCAAACAGCGGAGGGCCGAAAAUUUCGCCCUGAGCAGACUGCGCGGACAACAGGUGCGAAAACAGGAAGUUCCCGCUAUUCUCACGCUGUACAACAAAAUCGCCGCAAAGUCAAAACCAACUCCACGCAAGAAACUACCGCCGGCUAACCGUAUAAAGAAAAUCGCGGAACGCUACCAGGGUCCCUUGCUAGCACCCGGCACGGAAGAACGGCAACAGCAGCAGCAAAUUCAGCAGCAGCAGCAACAACAACAACAACAGCAUCCACAGUUCCUAAAGAAAGUCAACUCGACGUCAAAAAAGCCAGCGGACAACGACGAUGAAACCCUUUCUAAUGAAGAAAGCAGUGUACAUGCACAGGAUUCGUCGCGCGCUGGAGCACACGUGGAAUUCGCAGACGACACUAAAGAAGAUGACGAUUACCUAGCUGUAGAGGCACCCAUGUCGUCUGCAGCGUCCGUAAACAGUCAGAUUUUCGCUUCAAAAACGGAAGUCCGCCUACCUUCGAUCACGGAGUAAACGUUACUUUGACGUUCAAAUAAUACUAUUCUGACUUUGCUACGCAUGUAUGAUAAAAUACAGCAUAGAAAUUAAAAAAAAAAAGAAAUAAUUAUUCAUCUUUACUUCAUGCAUUAAUCCCUACAUAAAAUAAUGUAAUAUUUCACAAAAUAAUUUAAAUACAUAUAUGAAGCAAUUUGAUCUACUAAAAUAUAUAAAGUCUAA